GUUUCUUCUCCACACGUCUCUCCUCUCCUCCUCCUCCUGACCUCGCCGCCCUCACCCACCACCCGCUCCCGCCGCCGGCUUUAAUGCCUCCGGGGACAAGCCCUCUCAAGCGUCAACGACUCAUCCACUGCUCCACCCGCGUGGGCGGCGCGUACGUAGACCCUAGCCGGCCUCUACCUGCUCGCUACAGAGCUCACGUACGUACGCGCGCGCGGUGGUGGUUGGCGCGCGCGCGCGUGCGGUGAGGCGUGGUACUAGUAUUAUUUAUUCGCUCCUGCCUCCUGGGGAGGUGGAGGAUGCUGGCGAUCAUGAGCUUGCUGCUGCCGUGGGAGGAGGAGGAGGAGACGACGGAGGCGGCGCCGGUGUUUUGAUCCGUCGCGCGCGCGCGGCGAGGUGCGGAUCGGGCGUAGGAAGAGGUUGGAGACGUGGAGAGGAGUGGCCGUCUCGUUUCAGAUUCUUCUGCGCAAAUUCUGGUUACAACUAGAAGUUGCAGGACGCGAGAGGGUUGAUUGGUAAGAAGAAGAAGUGCUGUCAACUUUGAGAUAAAGGCAAAAUUACGAGAAAAAAGACUUUCAAGUUCUUUUGAGGAUGAGUGACCCUGGAGAGCCUUCUAAGCAUUCCCAAUGGAUGUCACACUGGACCAAAGGAAGCAGCAGUGCAGAGCCCCAAGUUGGCAGAAGUAAUGAUUCUCCGGAGGAUGCGAAAUAUGACAUUUGCGAGGACAAUUCUGGGCCUUCAAACUUUGAGAUCAUGAAAUCUAGAUUGUUUGAAAGGCUAAUGGUAGGAAUCAGCCAAGAAAGAGCUUCGUUGGAGCAUGGACAGAAGUUAAAUUCUAACAUGAAAGUAGUGGUAAAAGAUGCUCGCCGACACGCUGUGCAAAACCAAAUUGAUCAGGGAGACGGGCCAAUUCAAAAAUCUGUGAUGCAAAAAGAUGUCUUAUAUGCUAAGGCUGUUGUAUCAAAAUCACUUUCCAUUCAGAAGCUUUCAGAGUUAUCAGUGGAUUGUCAGAAACUUGCAGGUUCAGAUGACCUGAGUUCAGAGUGGAACCAUUUUCCUAUGCUUGCAAUCAACAGAAAAAUUGACUCCAUUCUCAACCCUAAGAGGAAGUCUGCAAAGAGUACUGGACCCAAUGACGUUUUUGUGCCAAAACAAACUCUGAAGCUAAACAUGACUACAGCUAAUCUGAUGGCAUUCUCAUCUCAGGAAUAUGAGCUGCAUUCUCAUCGAACAACCGACGAGACAAUGGAUCACUGCAAACAUGCAGGAGGCAUUGUAUCUCGCCUGGAAGAUCAUGCUGGUGUCAUGUUGAAUCCUGCAGAGCAAAAAUUAAAAGGUCAAUUAUUGCCAGCAACGUCAUGUUCGUGUAGCAAGGAUGACAGUAACUCAUCUGAUAGUCUAUUAGAUGAGCAGCAUACAAGCCGCUACAUUGCAGAUUCAGAUCAGGAACCAACCUGCAGAUCUCGUGAAAAAAGGUUGAAAUCUUCAGAAAACAAUGACACGAACUGUAAAAUUGGAAGUUGCUCCCAGAAUCAGAAGUCAAGAGCACCUGGACAUCAUAAACACAAAGGUUCUGCGGGAGUCAUGUUUCGUACGUCAGUACCUGGUAAAGAAUUUGAAGCUGCUGAAAUUAAUUGUUCCGACAAAAUUAAUCAGCGACAUCUGAAUACACAGAGAAUAGUAUCUGCAGCGAAUGUCACUGGCUCCUGCAUACCUGAUCCAGCUGCAGACAUAUCUACAGUAAAUGGUAGGGGGGAGGCAGUGACCCAGCCAUCGAGCAUAUCUGGAGAUUCAACUAAACGAAAAGCUCCAUAUUUAUUUGAAAUGCUAACCAUACCUUCCAAAGCUCAAAAUAUGAAUCCUGAAGAUUCACUGCCUUCAGGAAACUCGACUGCUUUUGGAGUUCACAUGUACGGCACAAAUAUUGGCAGUCAUCUAUUUGGAGCAAAUAACAAAUCAUCAACUGAAACUGAAAUAUUAUCCGGCGACAGUCAACAUGUUUCAAAAUCCUCAGCAGGCAUCGCCUCAUUGUUGGCACAAAAGGCAAAAUCCGAGCAGCUCGCGACUCUGUACAUGAAAGGAGCAUCAGGAUGCAAUGUGAAUGAACAUCAAGGUGUUUCCUCCAAGGCAAUUGUCGCCAAUAAGCAACAAUGCUACAAUCCAAGAACAGCACGCAUGGACUUAGAUCUCAUGCAAUUCCAGUUGAGCAGAAUGAGAAACCAAGAAUCACAAGCGCGAACCGAACCAGGCGACAGAUGGCUAAAACGCCUACAGAUUGACAGCAAGGACCCUCAUCAUCUUCCUUGCUCCAAGAGGUCAAAAGCUGGAGACGGAUCCGGUCGUCCAGUCACCGGAGGAGCAAGCAGCAUGGCACCCCGUUGCGACGGGAGCAACGACGACGACGACAUUGUUGACCGUGAUCAUAAGGAGGAACAAGGAUUGGAUGAAGGGGUGGAAAUUCAAGGCGGCCGAGAAGCAUCUCCUGUUCCGGCAAAGAGUGAUGACCGGUGGAUUGGGAGAUGGUGCCAGGGUGGUGUUCCUGUGUACCAUGAAGAUGAUCAUGAUCAGAGGAAGGAAGUAACAAAGCCUGAUCUUGCCGCCGGUGACUCCGGAGGACUUGAAGGUCAGUUCCCAAGCAUCAAGGCGAUGGCGAUGAUGGGACGAGCAAUGAGCAAGGUUCGGCCGUGUCAGGAAGAGAGGAGGGGAUCCUUCAUGGUGUGGAAGGCGUAGUAGGAGAGAUCCUGAUCACGUACAGGUUUUUUUUUCCUGUUUUUUGUUCUGUGUAAUGUAGACUGGGCUGCCCUCUCUCCUCCCGUGGCAGCUGGCUUCAGAUCCGGUGGCUAUCUUAUAGGGUAUGUUUACCAAAGUAUCUUUGUGCCAGCUUGGACUCCCUAAUCCUCUUAAUCUCUUGGCAUCUAUGGAAGGAAUGCAACUCUAGAGAUUUCGACUCUGCGCUCUUUUUUAUCAGUGGUUCAGUGUAAACGAUGUCUGGUUUUCAGGUUUAUGAGGGUAAUUCGGUUGACCGUGAUAGUUUGGGAGUAAUUCGUACUUUUUUCAUUUCUAAAAUAAAUAGUUGUAAAUAAAUGGAUCUACGUGUUAUAAACAUCUGCAUUUAUAAUGUUAAAAAAUUAGUA